UUUUCUCUCUCUCCUUCCUCCUCCCUCCCUCGCUCCCUCCCCGCAUCCCCUGCUCCGGCCGCGCGCUGGCGGGGCUCUGCAUUGCACACUCCGGGGGCGCCGCAGUGUUCGUGGGAUGGGGCAGCGGGCUGCCGCUGGCGGCCGGAAUCCGCGCGCAGCCAGGGUGCAAGUCCUCGCCCGUCAUCCCGAGUCCCCACUGCCGGGCGCCCUGGAUGAGUAACGCCUGGGUCUGCCAUGGAACCUGGCCCUGCCCUGGCCUGGCUCCUGCUCCUGAGCCUGCUGGCUGAUUGUCUGAAAGCUGCACAGUCGCGAGACUUCACAGUGAAAGACAUUAUCUACCUCCACCCUUCAACCACACCAUAUCCUGGUGGAUUUAAGUGUUUCACCUGUGAAAAGGCAGCAGACAACUAUGAAUGCAACCGAUGGGCUCCAGAUAUCUACUGUCCUCGAGAGACCAGAUACUGCUACACUCAGCACACGAUGGAAGUCACAGGAAAUAGCAUCUCUGUCACCAAACGCUGUGUUCCGCUGGAAGAGUGCUUGUCCACUGGCUGCAGAGACUCUGAGCAGGAAGGCCACAAGGUGUGUACUUCCUGUUGUGAAGGAAAUAUCUGUAACUUACCACUACCCCGAAAUGAAACCGAUGCCACGUUUGCCACAACGUCACCCAUAAAUCAGACGAGUGGGCACCCACACUGCGUGUCAGUGAUAGUGUCCUGCUUGUGGGUAUGGUUGGGACUCACACUAUAGCAGCUCCAAGUCACGACGUGGAGUAGUGAUCCGUGGGGACUUUGACGGUCCACAGUCAUGCAUGAGUUGUUGGCCUGACAAUACUUACACAUGUGAAACCACAACACGAGGAUAUCUUCACGGCCAAGCAUUUCCACUUACCAUGAGGAACAAGCAUUGCUUCAGUUGUAGUCAUUUGAACUCCAAGACCUCAUCAAAGCCAGCCUGCCCCUAAAACAGACCCUGAGUUUUAUACCACAAACCUUUGUUUUCACUCCAAGAAAUAGCUCUGCAUUUGUUGAGAUCUGGGGCUCUUAAUUUGGAAUACAUGCAGGAGCCACAGGAGGUCCUAGGACCCUCUGAGAUGUUAGGCAGUAUGUUAUAGGGACAUGAAUGGUUGUAUGUUUUUCUGGAGAAAGGUAAAUGACCACUGGUUUUAAAUAGAAUCAUGAAUUCACUGACAGCUUCAGAAUUUUAAAUCUUUGAUUGCAAAAUCAAUGGACUAUUUCCUUGGAGGUAUUAAUUCCCUAGAAGGGUAGUAAGAAAUUUGUUCAAUUUAAUUUUUCCAACAUUCUGCUUCCAGUGGUGGGAAUCAUAUUCCCUCUGCUCUGUGUGGGAAAUAAAAAGGCAGUCAUGAAAGAUUGGUGUAUGGGGCAGGGGUGGCUGCAGAACUAGCAUCAAUAGAGUGGCUGUUUAUCCCUUCAUGUAACUGGUGAGAUUGGGCUUAAUUCAGCACCUAGUAUACUCCAUAAGAUCAUGGAUUCUACCUGGACUAAUGGGUGUUCAAGGUGUCCUAAGCAGGACGGGGUUAUUUUCUCCAGUCAUGGGCUUCUAUUCAGACAUAGCUAAUUUACAGAGAGAGAAACAGAGAGAGGAUUUCAAAAUGAAAAGAAGGAGAAUGUGUGGAGGAAUCCUACUUCACUGGGGGGCUCCAGUAAGUGGCCGGAUCUUCCUCCUUACGCUGCCCAAGAGCCCUCCGUGUGCUUCCUCUUUCAAAUCCCCAGUGACUUUAGGGAGAAGGUGCUGCAUUAAGUUGCCUGGAGAUUAAUAGGGAAAGAAGAUGCAAUAUCCUAGGAUGAGAGUAGGUGGACCAGUGGGGGUGAUAGUGAGACUAGUAAGGAGACCCAGUGAGAAGUUAUUUCUUUUAGAUGAUUACUUUGGAAGUAGAUGGUAAAAGUUUCACUGUCCUUCCUAUAUUUUUGGCACCCCAAGUUACAAUUCUUUCUUCUUCCUUGUAAAUCAUUUAUACAAUAUUUAUUUUUGUAUGGCAUAACUAGAAACUAAAAUAUAUUAUAAAAGAUUCUUUAUUCUGAACAAAACGAUCAAAUUAGAAUACUUAUUUUUCAACAGUGGUAGAGCUUGUAAUAUAUGUAUGUAUAAUACUGGCACCAGUGUUGAAAAAAGUUACUUAUGUUGUGAGCACGAGUAAUGUGUUGGCCUCAAGGUUUUUGCUCAUGGUUUCCUCAGUGGUGUGUUUCCAGAAGUAUUUGGGUGGUGACAAUCGCUGGUACAAGUUUCUCUGCAGGGUUCUCGGCGUUUUUGCAUCGAAUGUGUUGGAGCCACUGCUGAUACAGAGGACAGUGUUGUCAGGGUCCAUCCGCCCUGACAGGAAAAUGUCUCUGGCUCAUAAAAUGAGACCUCCUCAGGGACCAAUAGGAACUGACAGUGGUAACUCUGAUACACAAUGAUCUAAAUUGCAUCAAAUGGCCUUAAAUCAGAGUUUGGCAGGCUUAUCCGUAAGUUACUUAUAAUUGGGGUGGGGAAGAAGAGGGAGAGAAAGCAAGACAUUUAUUAAGCACCUCUUAUGUGCCAGGCACUAUGCUAAGCACUUUACAUAAGUUAGAUGGUAUAAUUCCUGUAAGAACCAUGGAAGGAAUAUUACUAGUAUUUACACUUUACAGAUGAAGGUACCAAGGCUCUAAGAAGCGCAAGAGCGUGAAAUCUUUCCCUUCCGACUAUAUUGGAUGAGGCAGGAAUGAGGAGGAAGGGAAGGUGGAAUUACCACCUGUAUGGGCUUCAUGGGAACUUGUCCCCCAAUCAUGUGGAGUUCGUCUAGUCCUGCCUCGGCAGGAUGUCAUUUGCAUGUAUCCCCAGAUGGUUUUUCUUUGGGGGAGGGGUGAAGGUAUGGUUUCAUUCAUUCCUCUUGCUAGAAGAGGAGACAGGUUGAUCCUGCCUCUAAAGAUGGUAUAAGACAAUGAAAAUUUGAUGCUGUACAUAUCUACCCAGACAUUUUUGUGCAUGAGCACUCUCCACGGACACCAUCCAAAUACUGCAUGCAAUUUGAAUAAGAGACAAAGUCCAAAUGUUGGUUCUUAACGAGAAAGUAUGUACUGCAAAGCCUCCCUGGCUGGUGUGCAGGGACCAGGUGUUCAGUGCUGUCAUCUGCCACCCCAGGGGGGUCACUGCAAACUGCACACAGAUGUGGUUGCCUGCACCCUUUUAUGCCUGUCAAAAUGGCUGGUGUUUUAUUCUCUAAAGAAAGUGGUUUGCUCACCAUCCCCAGCCUCAAGGAGCCACGGCAUUGUCAUUCAUUCAUGUGGAAGGCCUGGGAUGGGUCAUCCACCUGACUUUCCUACCACAUUAAAUCUUGCAUUAAAUCCCACCAUCGGUGACGGCUUGAAGUGCACAGAGCCGCAAUGUGUAUAUGAACCUAUGUACUACUUAUUUAUUUUUAGACUCCCCACAGCAUUCAUGUCCAUAUGGGAUUAAUGCCUAAAUUUUGUAAAUAUUGUACAUUUUGUAAAUCAAUGAAUAAAGAUUUUAAGUGUA